CUUCUUGGUUUUUUUUUGUUCAAUGACUUUGACAACAACUGAUUCAGCUUCAAGCGAGCCUUUAAUACCUCCAGGUUCCCAGCUCAGUAACAGCGGAUCUACUGAACAGCAACAGCAACAGCAGAAACCUGCACCUUCAGUCACCCGUCAAAAGUCGUUGAAUCGGAUGCUGGCAUCCGCGACCCGUCGGCGACGAGGUCGAGGCCGUUCCAAGACGGAGAGCGCCCAAAGCAGCAGCAGCAGCAGCAACGUUAGCGCUGACGCUAAUACUACAACAACAACUACUACUACUGCUACUACUACUGCCAAGAAACCUCUCUCAAGACAGAGAUCACUUACCGACUUGGUCAGCAGGCUGACACUGUCUUUUCGAUCCUCCUCAUCGUCAUCUUCUGCACGUCGUGCAGCCAGCAAGAAUCAAUACACCUCCAACGUUCAGGAUUAUGAAACAUGUCGCUUGAUAGGGUCUGGAGCCACAGCGGCUGUGUAUUCAGCCAUCCACGAGCCAACACAAUCAUUGGUGGCUAUUAAAAAAGUCAAUCUCGAGUUGCUCGAUAAAGGGAAUGACGAUGGUGCUCUGCGGCUAGAGGCGUUACGCAAAGAAAUCCAGAUAAUGACUUUGUGUCGCCACCCGCACUUGUUGCCAGUCUACCAAAGCUUUGUGUCGCUGUCGCACUUGCACAUUGUCAUGCCGAUCAUGUCAGCCGGUUCCUGCCAUGAUCUACUCUUCCAACAAGGCUAUGAGGGUCUAGAAGAGCCUCUGGUCGCAUGUAUUAUUAAACAAGUUGUUCUUGGGUUGCAAUAUUUGCACGGAAAUGGACUGGUGCAUCGUGAUGUCAAGGCUGCGAACCUGUUAUUAGACCAUGACACAGGUAUUGUUAAGCUUGCCGAUUUUGGUGUGAGUAACCACUUGCGGGUCACAGUGGAUCAUUCUCAUGCUGGCGGACGACAACAAGGCGACUCUUUGUUACCAACAACGGCAACUACUAUGGACGAUAUUUUGCAGCUAAAGCCUACGCUCAAGCCGACUACAUAUAACGAUACGGAUCAUGGUGAUGCCAGUAGUACGCUUCCCAAUAUUUCGUCAUUUGGAUCUUCUAUGCAAAUGUUAUUGCCACCCUUAGCUGUGGCGCCAUCCGCUUCAUCAUCGAAUAGCGACGACGAUGACUCUAAAACUGACAGUGACGGGGUCGUGCCUGCUGUGCAGGUAUCAUCACCGCCUUCGACGCUUUACCUCUCGAUCGAUACCUCUCCCAGAAAACAACAAAGACGAACACAGCGGCGAGGAGAUGGACUGUAUGUGCCAGGAAUGGAUCUCUCUCCUGCUCCGUCAUGUGAUUCUUCGUUUAGUAGACCUAAUAAAAACGCUGCGCGUCGCUCAUUUGUCGGAACACCAUGUUGGAUGGCCCCUGAAAUCCUGCAGAACCGUGAAUACAAUACCCAGGUCGAUAUUUGGUCUCUUGGCGUAACUGCCAUCGAAUUGGCCUGUGGUAGGCCUCCUUAUACCGAGUAUGAUCCACUGACUAUAUUUUCAAUGAUCUUACAUGAGCCAGUGCCCUCGUUAGAAAUGUGCGGCUGUCCAUACGAUUAUUCGGUGCAUUUCCAAACCUUUUUAGACCAAUGUCUACACAAGAAUCCAGAAGCACGUUGCUCCGCUUCCGAAGCACUGCAUCAUCCCUUUUUGCGCAAAGCACAAUCGCCACAAUUGCUGAUGCGCCACUUGUCGAAAAUAAAGCGUCCAGACAUGAUGUUUUAUGCCAACCAGCAACGACAAAAAGGACAGCAACACCAUCAUAAUCAAUGGGUUUACCAGCGUCAUUUACGGAGCGACGAACAAGAAACCACAUGGAACUUUACGCCAAGACAAUCUAUGGCUGAACGAGAUGGCGAUGAUGAUGAGGAGCAGCCAGAUGACGAGUUCUCGCCUCUCGACUCUGCUUCACCUAUGACGCCUAUUUCAGAAUGGGCACCACCAGUAGUGGAGCAGCAGCAGCAGCAGCAGCAGCAACCAGACCAACAAGAAGAAAAGGACUUCCCAUUCCAAGUUGUAAUGACCAAAGUUGGGCAGCAUAUGCGUCCCAUUGCCUAGAAAGACUGCCUCUUACUCCCUCCUUUUCUUUUCCUUUUCAUAUGCGUACAUGCAUAUCUAUAUCAGUAAGAAAGCAUUCCCCAGACAAAAUUGUAUUUU